CUAGCCCCAUAAUACACGGUACACCCAAGAAGAAGAAGAAGAAGGCUAACCACUGAAGGGGCUCUAGAGGCUGUGGCCCCAAAGCCUAAAUAGCCCCAUAAUAACACCCAAGAAGAAGAAGAAGAAGACUUCUUGCAUUCUGAGAACAACAACAUUCUGAAGCAUGGCAUUUGAGGAGGUGCAGCACAUUACCCCACAUGUGAGCAGUUUAUCCUCCAUCACAGUCAACAUCAGCUGCCCAGAGGGAUGCUCUCGUACCUUUGCCAAUUCUUCUGCCCUGAGGUUGCACCUUAAGCAGGUGCACCACAAAGAGGAUGAGUGUGGUCCAGCCACCACCUCAGAUGUGUGGUAUCACUGUCCAGAAACAGCUUGUAGUUAUCAUGUUAGUUUUGGCAGUAAUGGAAAGCACUUUUCAAAGCUCAAAUACUUAAAACAGCAUUACCUGAAGGUCCAUGCUGUUCGGGAUCACCUGUGUGAGUGUGGCCAUGCAUUCAGCACUGUAGCGCAUCUUGCCCAGCACCGCCGGGGGUGUGGCAUUGAUCUCAUGUGCACGUGUGGCAGCUCUUUCCAGGCAAUGGAGACUCUGCAGACUCAUGUGCGUCGCUUUGACCAUGCCAUCAUGCCCUCCACCCUUCAGGCUCUGAGGGCAAGGAAAAGCCUUCUUGCAGAGUCAGUGAGGGCAGCAAAGUCUCUUACCAAGUCCACAGCGCAGGCCGUCAUUGCACACAGCAUCCCCAUUAAGUGUCAAGGCAUCGAUGACAGAAAGGAAGAGACUGCAUCCUCCUCCUCCUCAUUCCUUCCUAACAUUGCCCCAACACCAGCAGCCAUAUGUUCAGCUGCUGCAACAUUCAAUCAUGUUACACCUGUCCACUUUCGACAACCAACUCAUAUGCUUGCAGCAAUAGCACUCAGUGAACUUAUGCCACAUCCAUGA